GUUAGCUUGGUUAUCUGUCUCUGGUUAUGCUUGCCUUGACGUGAAACAGCCAGGGAACAAUGAUUCAAUAUAAAGGUGUGACUUAAAUCGAGAUACUAUCAUCAACGAAUUAAAUGGUAAACUUUUUACCAAAAAAUCUCCAAAAGAGAUGUUUUAUUCCCAUGGAUUAGUGGUAAAACUCUGCGACCUUUGUCCUGAACCCUUGAGUCUGUUCUGUACAAUUUGUAACAAAGGACUCUGUACUUCCUGUUUAUCUGGGCACUUAGAGACAGAAAACAUAGGUGGCCAUUUUGUUUGUCGGUACAGAGAGAGAUUUACCGGGAUGUGCAAAGGAUAUGUGUGUAGAAUACACACAAAAGAUAAGUGUGAAUGGAUGUGUACCACUUGUUUUCAGCCUGUGUGUGACAUAUGUUUAAAGGUCCAUACAGAGCAUAAUGCGAUAAAAAUACACACAUUAAUAAAGCAGAAUAUCAAACAACUAAAAGACGAUCUUUCUGUAUUAAACACAAACUUUAAACCAUGUUACGAGAAGAUGAAAAAAGACAUAAAUUCAUGUAUUGGGACGCUGACAGGGAAAAUCGAUACUGUAAGUCAUGUUUUGGCGCACUUUUCAAAUAAUCAAACCUCACAACGAUCUGCCUUUAAGUUUGAAUGGAGAGAAUGUUCCCGGCAGCUAUUAAGGAGAGUAGAUACUGCAUUGAAAAAGUUCAAUGUAACUCUACCUCAGGACAUUUUAUUUCUUGCUCUUAAGAUUGAAAGAAGGACAAAAAUUUUAGAUGAUUAUUUGAAAGAAAUAACAAGAAGCCUUCUGGACUAUAACUUUCUACAAAAAUUAUGUGUUCGUGUAAACUUCGAUCCAAUUAUAGCAAGAUUAAAUCCCCAAAAGUGCAUUAUCGAAGUACGUAAAACAAUUGAAUCAUAUAAAGCGAAAUAUUCAGAUAGAAAACAAGAAAGUAGGAAAUUAGAAUUAAACUAUAACUGUUAUAAAGAUCCAUCAUAUUUAUCAGAGCGUCCACACCUUUAUCAAAAACCAGUGAAAAAAUCUACAAUUAUCAGAAAGAGUGAAAAAAAGCUUUCUAUUACAAACGUAUACAAUGAUUCUUCUCAUUUUCUCGUUAAUACUGCGGAAGGUCCAGUGCACUUGGUAACAGUACUUGUUUUUGCUCAUAAUGGAACAUCCCGUAUGCAUGGUCUGACAGUACAGAAUCUCCAUGGCAAAGUUUUAUGUGAAAGAGUUACUGAUCUUAUAGCUCAGACAAGUCCUCUACACUGUGCUCUGACACCUACACCUAAUCAGAAAUACCUCCUAGCCGUCUAUGAUGUGCUUAUGGAAUUUUAUCUGGAAGAAUCUUCUGUUAAAACAUUGCAUGAAGAACCAUACUGGAAGUACGUAGAUAUAAGCUGUACAUACACAGGCUUCCUACUCACAGUCCAGGAGAAAAAACGAAGAGGUCAUCAACGAGAAUACAGGAUUUCAAGAUGCGAUUACAGCGGAAGGGUACUACAGGUGAUUAAAUUUGAUAGGAAUUUUGUUAUUGACCCGUUCAAAAUUCAGGAGGAUUUACGUGGUGAUAUUUGGCUCAUAGAUAAAAGUGCAGGUAGUCUGCUUAUUCUAGAUCCGGCAGGAAAAUCAGAAGGCACAUAUCUAGCCAGAGAUAUGGGAAAACCACGUCUUCUUCUGUGUGACGGAUUUGGAAACACUGUUGUCUACAGUAGUGGACCGCCAGCUAUUCAUUUUAUUGGUGAAAAUUUGACGGAGACGCAACCAAUCAAAUUGAGAAAAACAGUAAUAAGAAGUCUAUGUUGUGACAAUGAAGGGAGACUAAUCUGCUUGUGUGGCUCUGGCGAGGAGGAGUUUGAAAUUCAAACUUUUACUUGUGUACAAUAA